AUGAACCUAGGGGCAUAAAAUCUAAGUGAACCAUUGCUAAGUCGAGAGUCAGAAGAUGAAUAUACUAAAGAGGAAUUAUUCUAUGAAACGUAACCUCAAAUAGGUCGCCAAAACACCGAAAGUCCUAAAAAAUCAUCAAAAAAGCAGCAUUAUACCUAUAAAUCUUUUCAUUUAUCUCAUUAAAGAAAAGUUUGUGCAACAUCUACAGCGGACAUAAGCAAAAACACUGAAGAUUUAGAGGAAGCAUUCAGAAUAGCAGUUUGUAAGGAAGGGUAAUUAGGAGAAGGAGGAAAGGAGUCAAGAACGAUAGGAUCUUUAACUGAGCUAGAAAAACAGCCUUAGAUGACUCCAUUGUAGCUAGCUGCACUUGUUGGCAAUUCUGAUAUGAUAAAAUAUCUUGUCAAAUUUGGUUGUAAAAAAGAGGAGUUGACCUCUUCAGGCUAAAAUAUGAUACAUCUAGGAGCAUAGGCAAAUAAGCCUUUUACAAUUGUAUACUUUAAGGAGCAGGGUCUAAAUAUUAACCUCUAAGAUAAUAGAGGCUAGACGCCAUUACACCUGGCUUGUAUUAAUGAUUCUUACACAUCAUUUCAUUAUCUAAUAGCUUAGAAGGCAGAUAAAAUGAUAAAAGACAAUAAAGGUUUGACAGCCCUACAUCAUGCGGUAUUAUCUUCAUUCAAGACUUAAAGUGACUAUCUUCUCAUAAAACUUAUACUAAAAGGUGCUUCGAGAGAUGUCAAAGAUAAUUAUGGAAGAUAUCCUGUAGAUUUACUAGAAAAUUUUACCCCAAGAGAUAAAGCAGAUGUUGAUGACUAGACUAGUACAUUUACUGUAGAUAUGUUUUAUUUAUUCUCUUUGUUCUUAUAUCUUUGUUGCUGGAUUAGAGAUCCUGGUUCAACAAAAUCAAAAGAUAUAAGCAUUUAAAAAGUUCAGUCUGUGAUUAAAAAAGAAAAGAAAUUCUCUCAAUUGGUGGCAAGGAAAAAUCAUCUACUAUUUAUCGGAUUUUUAUUCAGUACAUUUGGACUAAUUCUGACUACUAUCAUUGUUUCAAUCAAAGCUAUUGCAGUAUAACCUUAAGAAAAUAUUUCUAAAUAUUUAGAAUUCGAUUUGGAUAGAGAUAUGACUUUCAAUAAUGAUUAACAUUCAGAUGAAGCUAUUUAUCAAUUCAAUCACAUCUAUGUGAGCUAUUUCAUCUACAAUCUGCUGUGUAUUUUCAAUUUGCUAAUAGCUUGUGUUUUUGUGAUUCCAUUGUCUUACCUACUUAUGCUUCAGCUACAUAACUAUUAUUCCAAGCAUUUCAAGAAACAAAAAAUUACACAGGAUUCAGUCUAUGGAAUUAAUAAAAAUAAUGUUAAUAAAGAUAUUAAUUGA